GGAUUUCGACGCCGGCGCAUUUCGUGGUAGGAUUGCUCGGAUGACGGAGGAUUGCGCCGCCGUGGCAGCCAUUGAUUUAACUUGAGGUUGAAAAUGAACUUGAUUCUUCCCAUCCAGAAACGGGAGCGAAUUUCUUUAUACUUGGCGCUCUGUUGGUCAAAUUACCAUUAUAUCCCGCAGAAGCUGAUCCAACUUCCAAGUAGCUGCUAGGAGCCUGGAGGGCAGAUCUGGUAUUUGGAUCUAUAAAUCGGCGUCGUUUCACGAUUUGGAGCUGCGGGGUUUCCGUUUUUGUAUGCAAACCCUCAAACCCUUUUCUUUUUUCCCUCUCGAAAUCUUCUUCUUUUUGCAUUUCUUUCUCGAAAUCAAUGGCGGAAGAAGAAGCAACGGCGUCCGAGUCCUCGGUGACGAUGGCUGAGCAGGCCGCCGCGGCAGCGGAGACUGCGCCGAUUGAAUCUCAAACUUCGAUCGAGGCCACCAUCGAAUCGUACGCUCUUGGAGGUGCGGAAUCCACUUGCAACAACAACGAGAAUGAGGCCAAGAGCGGCGAUGGGGGCGAAGAGAUGUCACUGGAGUUCGCGGAAGAGUUGACGGAGAAAGGAACCAAGGCUCUAAAGGAAAAUGAAUUCGAGGACGCUGUCGAGUGCUUCAGCCGCGCCCUAGAAAUCAGGGUUAAGCAUUUCGGUGAACUUGCUCCUGAAUGCAUCACUGCAUACUACCACUAUGGCCGUGCUCUCUUGUAUAAAGCUCAAGAGGAGGCUGACCCAUUGGGUUCAGUACCGAAGAAGGACAGUGAAUCUAAGCAGCCAUCUGGUAAAGAUGCAUCUGUGAAGAUUUCAUCGAAUGGGGAAUCUUCUUCAACAUCAAGCAAGGUUCAAGAGGAUGGCAGGUCCGGUCAUCAAAAGGAAGCGACGAACAAUGGUGUGAAAGAACAGGAAGAUGACGAGGAGGAAAGUGAUGACGAUGAAUUGGUUGAAGCUGAAGCUGAUGAGGAGGAUGAGUCUGAUCUUGAUUUGUCCUGGAAAAUGCUGGAUCUUGCGAGAGCAAUCGCUGAUAAGAAUUCUGGUGAUACCAUCGAUAAAGUGGAUGUUCUAUCAGCUCUAGCUGAAGUUGCCUUAGAGAGAGAGGACAUUGAAACAUCUCUCAGUGAUUACCAGACUGCCUUAUCCAUCUUAGAGCGGCUCGUUGAAACUGACAGUAGGCUUAUAGCUGAACUGUAUCCUCUCGAAUAUAUCUAUUUCCUAUCCAUUACUAGAAUGCCAUUUUGUCCUGGAUUGCCCAUAUAUUUUCAUACUUCUAGCAAGGCAGAGGAAGCAGUCCCAUAUUGUGAGAAAGCUAUUUCAGUUUGCAAGUCACGUCUACAGCGUCUCGUUGCUGAAACAAAGAGUUCUUCUGAGUCAGCAGCAACAUCAGCUGUUUCAGAAAUGGAUGAGGGUGUCCAGCAGUCAUCUACUGGACCUCUGCCUGACAUAUCUGUAUCAGACAAAGAGGCAGAGAUUGAAACACUUACAGGUCUAUCUCUGGAUCUAGAAAAGAAGCUCGAAGAUCUCCAGCAGCUCGCCGUGAACCCAAAGUCAAUUCUUCAAGAGAUCCUGGGAAUGGCAGCAGCCAGGGCCAGAGGCGACGAUCAGAAGACUGGUUCUCCGGGUUUAGUGAGCUCUUCUUCACGGUUUGCAACAAAUAGAAGUGCUGGCGAGUCGGAGUCCCCUACUGUCUCGACUGCUCAUACAAAUGGAGAUGGUGGUGGUGUCACUCACCUGGGUGUUGUUGGGAGAGGAGUGAAGCGCAUGUUGAUGGCCCCGAUCAGCCCAGCAAAGAAACACGCUGUUGAGGCAUCGACAGACGGAGCAGAGGGGGAUGAUGAUGCCAAAGCUUCUUGAAUGUCCGGUUUGAAUCUCGAUCGUUGGACCUUUUUUAACUAUAUUGGGAGCUCACUAUAGAUAGUCUUAUGAGGAUGGAAAGAGGACUUAGCUACAUCGUUUCUGCACGUGACCUUAGUUUUUACUCCCCCUGUGUCCUGUGAUAUGUAGUAGGAUUGUGUUGCUCAAACUGAUUAUCUAGUGUUUUAGGGCAACUUGCUCCAAACCAAAUUAUCCACCCUAACUUUCAAAUCAAUUCGAAACAAUGAGUAUUGAGAUA